UCUUAUCUCUUUUCUUUCUUCUCCUCCUCUUCUUUUGCCUCUCCUCCCCGACUCUGUCCCAUGAGCAGAGAUAGGAUCUGUUACAAACGGCCGCAGCUUCACCAAGAGCCCAGACCCUGCAUCCCAGACUGAAUUCUGUGCCAACCCCACACGCAACAUCAGUGGGCAGGUACUUGACUGAGACGGCGCGGGGGAGUUAAUACCAGUCAGUGCUGCCGGAGGUGUGACACAACCCCAGCCCCCUCUACACUUUGAUUCACACAGGAUUAAGCAACUGCAUGAUGCUUCAGGCAGAAGACUUGGCACAGCUGAUUUACCACCCCUGUCAGACUUAAAGUCUUUGGAGGCCCUCCUCCGCCCUGCUCUUGUCUUCUGUGGCGUAAAAGAAAAGGUGAAAAGGGUCUGCCGCUGCACCUAACAGAUCACGCAAAGGGAUGACUGGCAGUCAUCUUUCUCAGGAGUAAGAGAGGAAGCAAUGGGCUGGACUAUGAUUCUAAAAGAUGACUUUGGGGUCAUUGCCUGGGCACUGCGAGCUGGGAACUACCUCAGCUUCCUCCUCCUCUUGUCACUCUUUUCUUCUCCAGUCCAGUCAGACAUUGUGUUUCCUAAGGAUCAUCAUUUUUCAUGGAAAGCAGGUCAGUGGAGUCAGUGUACUGGGGAGGUGUGUGGGUCUGGUGGGGUUCAGACAAGGACGAUAUGGUGUGUCCACAUGGAGGGCUGGACGACCCACCAUACCCACUGCCAGCGCAUGGAAAAGCCAGCGAGCCAGCGACCUUGCUUUAAGGUCUGUGACUGGCACCAGGACCUCUUUGAGUGGGAGGUGUCUGACUGGGGCAGCUGUGUUCUUGUCCCUUUCUUUUCCAAUGAGUUGAAGCUGAGGACAGCGGAGUGCAUCACAGCACAGCAUGGCAUCCAGAGGCGCCAAGUCCACUGUGUGCGCACGUCAAACCGCACCACAGUCACCUUGAGGAUAUGUGAAUUCUUUUCUCAGAAACCACUGGUGGAACAGGCUUGCCUCAUCCCGUGUCCCCAGGACUGUGUGGUGUCACACUUCACCCCCUGGUCAAGUUGCAGCAAAACCUGUGGCUCUGGCCUGCAACAUCGGACUCGACAUGUCCUGGCCACACCGAUGUAUGGCGGCGCAAACUGCCCCAACCUGACUGAGAUUAGGACUUGCUCUAGCCCUGUCAACUGCCACGCCGGCGAGGGCGAGUACCAGUACACCCUCAGAGUAGGAGCCUGGAGCGAGUGCCGACUCCCCCAUCACAAGGACACCCUGUUAAGUGGAAGGACCACAGUGGAUUUUAGCACCGGCGCCGCAGAGAACAACACUGUCUCACAGCACACACUGACCUCUCACCAUCACAACCACCACCACCACCAUCACCACCACCAUCACCAUGCUCAUUCACACGACACAUACCACAUGUCCUGGGAACUGGAGGUGGGAUACCAGACGAGACAAGUCCGCUGCACAAGGAGUGAUGGCAAAAAUGCUAUGCUGAGCCUGUGUAUCAAGGACAACCCUCCGCUGACCUACCAGGCAUGUGUGAUGCCCAGAGACUGUCAUGUGUCUGGUUGGUCCUCGUGGAGUCCAUGCUCUAAAACCUGCCGGUCCACUGACCUGUCUCCUGGAUACCGUCUGCGGUCACGAAUCAUGACGCAGAUUCCUGUCGGCGGAGGAAGGCGGUGUCCUGCCCUUGAGGAAAAAGAAGCCUGCAACAUCAUAGGAGAUUUGCUUCCAAAUUGCCCCAGGUUUGUGUGGAGGACCACUGACUGGGAUGACUGCCGUAUCCUCCCCUUACUCAGUCAGCAGGACCGACGGCUGGCGAACAUCAGUAUUCUGUGUGGAGAGGGCAUCCAAACUAGGAAGACCUACUGUGUUCAAGUCCCUGAUGAGUCAGCACCGCAUCACAGGAAAGAGGUAUCCAGACCUGUGAAUGCCAGGCUGUGUGCUGGUGUAGAGCCCCCCUCGGGUGUCCAGCCCUGCUCCGUCCCCUGCAGGAACCGCUGUCUGCUCGCCCAGUGGUCAUCCUGGAGUGGCUGCUUACAUGACAACUGCAAAGAACCGCAAGGGAAGAAAGGUUUCAGACAGAGGAGGAGAGACGUGCUGUGGGAGUCCGGCACUUUUGCAGAACCCUGUCCUCAUCUGGUCGAGUCCGUCCCAUGUGAGGAUCCCUCCUGCUACCUGUGGCAGGUCCAGCAAGAGGGAAGCUGCGUUCCCAGUCAACAGCCCUGUGGUCCUGGAGCUGCAGCCCAGAAUGCCACCUGUGUCAGCUCUGAAGGAGAAGAGGUGUCCAUUGCCCUCUGUGCAGGUGACCCACCACCCACAGAAGUGGUCUGUGAGGUGGCCUGUGCAGCAGACUGUGUGGUCAGCUACUGGUCCUCCUGGUCUCCCUGCUCUCACAGCUGUGCCACCAAGAGCUCAGAGGGCCGACAGAGCCGCACUCGCACUGUGUUGGCAAUCCCAGGAAAAGACGGGAAGGAGUGUCCUGCAGCUUCAGCCUUGGAGGAGUGGAGAGUCUGUAAUGACCACCCCUGCGUGGUGUUCUACUGGGAGGCCUCAGCCUGGGGGCCCUGCAUCGAAGACACCUCCAUGGAUCUCAAUGGAACCGGCCUCUGGGAUGGGAGCCCUGCCUGUGCUGUGGGUGUCCAGAUCCGGAAGGUCAGCUGCGUGAAGGCGAAUGUUGGACCUGUCAUAAGUAAAAGGUGUCCGGAUUCAUCUCGACCACAAACCGUUCGACCCUGUUUGCUCCCCUGCAAGAAAGACUGCAUCGUGACGCCCUUCAGUGAAUGGACAGCCUGCCCAUCAACCUGUAUGCAAGAAAAUACAACCGCUGCCACGCAGUCUCGAUACAGGACCAUCAUUCAGAGGGCUGCAAAUGGAGGUCAAGAGUGUCCUGACACGCUGCAUGAAGAGAGAGAGUGUGAAUCACUUCCAAUCUGUCCAGUGUACAGGUGGAGGACACAUAAGUGGCACAGUUGCACUCUGGUUCCAGAAUCAGUUCGACGUGGAUUAAGUGGACCAGGAGAAAGCUGUGGGAGGGGUCUCGAAACAAGAGGACUCAGCUGUGUCAGGGAGAGCGGAGAGUUAGCCAAUAUGACAGAGUGCCUGCGAUGGGCUGGCCCCUUGCCCCCUCAGUUUAGAGAAUGCCGGGUGUCUUGCAAGGAUGACUGCACUCUAACUACAUGGUCCAGGUUCUCCGACUGCACAGGAUGUGGCACUUCCACAAGUCGCAGGCGCUCGCUCACAGGUCGCAGCAAAAAGAAGGAGCACUGCUUGAAUGAGGAGUUGUAUCCGCUGGAGGAAACGGAGGCUUGUCCUUGUGAUGAGUUUUUGUCCCAGCCCUAUGGGAACUGGUCUGCUUGCGUCCUCCCUGAUCCGUCUGUCUCAGGCUUCAUGCAAGGCUGGAUGAGCCAGCGGGAGGUAAAGGAGUGUGGCCAAGGUCUGCGCUACAGAGCUGUGGCUUGCAUUAGCCAGCAGGGACACCUGGUCGACCCUACGCUCUGCACAGACUCAGGCUACAUGGUGGAGAUUUGCCACAUUCCGUGUCCUUUAGACUGCAAGCUCAGCGACUGGUCACCGUGGUCGGCCUGCAGUGCGUCCUGUAACAGUGGGCUCAAAAUCAGGUCCAAGUGGCUCAGAGAGAAAGCUUUUAAUGGCGGACGUCCAUGCCCCAAGCUGGAUCUGAAAAAUCAGGCUCAGGUACACCAGGCCCUGCCAUGCCACAGUAAAUGCAGCCAGUUUGAGUGGAGGACUGAGCCCUGGUCCAUUUGUACCAUCAACACUUUGGAUGACCUGCCAGCCUGCGGGGAGGGAGUCCAAAGCCGCAAGAUCAGGUGUGUGAAGAAGGGAGUGAGCGGGGAGGCCAUCUCUGUGGAGGAAGGUCUGUGUGAUCAGGAGGAAAUGCCACACAGAGCCCAAGUCUGUUUUCUGGCCUGUCCCAGUGACUGUGUUGUGACUCCGUGGGGACCCUGGAGCAACUGCUCCCUGCCAUGUGACCAAGGGACAGUAAGGAAUAGGAGUAGAGACGCGCUUCGCCUCCCAGCUUCAGAUAGCUCUGCCUGUCCAGAGCUGGUCCAGUCGGAGCCCUGCAUCCUCAACAGUACCUGCUUCACCUACCAGUACCAAGUCUCAGAGUGGAGUACAUGCCAGCUGAGUGAAAACACCAUAUGUGGACAAGGUACGCGCUUGCGUCUCUUGGACUGUGUUCGCAGCGACGGAAAGAUCGUGGAGCUGCAGAAGUGUGAGCAGUUCGGUCUGAUCAACAAGUGGAGUCUCUCCGAGCAGUGUGUGGUUGACUGCCCUGUCAGCUGUAUACUCUCUGAUUGGUCGCCGUGGGCAGAAUGCUCGCACACCUGCGGUAGUCAAGCGUUUAGUGUGCGCGUGCGUAGAAUCCUGCAGGAGGCUCAUGAGGAGGGUCGCCCCUGUCCCAACCAGCUCACCCAGACCAAACCGUGUCCCGUCAGGCCUUGUUAUAUGUGGCUGCUGAGUGACUGGUCCCACUGCACUGUAGAGGGUGCCGAGUGCGGUGAGGGCUUGCGGAGAAGGAACCUGUCAUGCGUCGUCCACUGGGGCGACUGGCCUGAAUCUCCUCCUCAGCGAGUAGACGAUGAGCUGUGUGGAGACAAACAGAGGCAGCACAUUCAACAGCAGAUGCAGCAGCACUGCUUUGUUCCCUGUCCAGGAGACUGCCAUUUGACUGAGUGGUCCACAUGGAGCUCCUGCCAGCUGACCUGCCUGGAGGGGCGGAGCUUUGAGACCACGGGUCGCCAAGCUCGCUCCAGAGCUGUGAUCAUUCAGAUCAUGGAGAAUCAGGGCAGCUGCCCACAUCAAGUCUUUGAGACACAGCCCUGCAAAGAGGGAAAAUGCCACAGUUACCAGUGGCGGACAGGAGGAUGGAGCAACAAUGAGCGAGUCGUGUGGUGUCAGCGCUCGGAUGGUGUCAAUGUCACAGGGGGUUGUUUCCCACAGAAAAGGCCAACCACGGUCAGACACUGCCAUCCUCCGUGCACUAAACCCUUCUCACACUGCACACCGAGUGGUGUGUGUGGGUGUGAGAAGGGUUACACUGAAGUGAUGACCACGCACGGUUUCUUGGACUAUUGCACCAGAACCCCGGGGGUGGACAAUAACAAGAAAGCCGAUGUGAAAACCAACUCUGGAAGAUUAAAACCAGGGCCGUCUCCGGCCCAGGACCUCUUCACUGAGUGGACCUUACGACCUGUUGGCCCAGAUGGAAGAGUAAAGCUGUGGGUUUACGCCGUGACUGCUGUUGGAUUCAUCCUUAUACUCUUCAUUAUUACAUUAUCAUUCCUGGUUUGUAAACCGUCCAAAGCCACAAAGGCGUCUGCUCCGCCACAGAAGCCCUUAACCUUGGCCUAUGAUGGGGACAUGGACAUGUAACCAAUGCCUCUGUACCUCGCAAGGACAUGCUCAGCCCUGGACGGACUCCCGACUGUGUUCACAUCGUUAGCACAUCCAUCACAUUCCCCCGAUCACCGGCCCCGGUUGAGCUGGCUAACGUCUUUGUUGUUGUAUCAACUGCAGUGCAGACAUGGAGCAGACGGACGAGCUCUCGUGACUGCGAUGACGAGGCACCAAAGCUCACCGUGGUGAAAAUGUGAAAUAAAAACGACUUGUAGUUUCUUUUAUUAAUUGCUUGCAACAGUCUGGAACCCCACAAAAGAUGACGACGGUCGCUGUAGGGGGUCGAGGGGGGCCGGAUGAUGACAUGCCUCGUUCCUGUGUCAUGAGGGAGACAAAACAUUUUAAGGCAGUGCAUACGCCACUCAUGACAUUCACAGAAUAAUGGAACACUGACAUUUGACUUUGUCUCAUUAGUGCUGGAUCUUUGUAAAAAAAAAAAAAAAAAACGUCAAGCCUUUUGGGUAAACAAGCAAGUCUUUUUUUUUUUUUCUUUUCAAUUUCUGAGAAUAAUCAAAAAUCCUUAUGCACUAUGUUAGUGCUGAUUCCCUUUUUUCUUUUCAAAACGACUUUUCUAGUGUUUGAAUUGUAAUGCAAGUUGUUACCGUCAGAUUGUGUUUUCUUGAUGAUGCCAUAUGUUAUGUAUAUGUGGAGACCAAAAACAGGCUUGCCUUGAGUGAAACGAUUCAGUGAUGCAGUAAAUUCUCCUCCCCGAUGCUCAUAAGACAUUCAGCCACCAAGGACUAAAUUAAGGAACAAUAAAGAACUGCUGCUCUGGUGACAAAUGCCAUCUUGAGUUAUCAGAGAGCAACACUUGACACACCUUGAAUGCAAAUGAUCAACUUUCCAGCAUGAUAAUAAUUAUACCACAGAUGCUUUUCACCCUCAUCACAGGUAAAAAGAAAACCAAUGCAACAUUAGAAAUGGUAAAUUACACUUUUUAAAUGAAAAAAAAAUAUAUAUCCAAAUAUGAAUUUGGCUUCUGACACCAGUUCUGAAGAAAAAAACAUUUGGAGCAUAAAUAUGGGGCUCAAACACAGUAAAUGCCAAAUAUUUGUGAGCAAAUGUUAAUUUACUGAGCAAUUUCUUAUUUCUAUAUCUGUGGCGCUCAUUCAUAAAAAUAUAGGCUGUAGCUCAUUCAAGGUUUCACGCCUGCAGCACAAAGCAUCGGUGACUUUUGUAAAACUGAAUGUAACGUGAAAUGAGCAUCCGUCAUCGUAACCCAGUGGAGAAUCCCGUUCCUGAUACUUGGUGCUUUUGGCUCUGACCAGAGUUUACGCCGUUUCUUUCUGCCUCCACAAACUGAAGAUUAGGUCCCGUGUUAUCCGACCUCCUUCUGAAUGUAUUUUACCAGAAACUCUAUAAUCUCAAUGGUUGUGCAAAAAUAUGGUUGUUACACGGUGCAACAACUGUACAUCAACAGCUGAUUGUAUGUAGGCAUGCUUGAUCCAUUUUGACAGAAAGUGCUCCAAGUGGCCUUGCAGAGAUUUUGUUUUACAAAUUGCCAAAACAUUUUUUUAAGUAGUUUCUUUUAGAUAGUGUUUCUAAUAUUUGGCCAACAGAGGGACAAAUACUUGAUAUUGGGUAACAUUUGGUUCAAGGACGACCAAACUUGGACGUGUUUAAAUUUUUAGAGAACACGACGAACUAAGAAGAAGUUUGAUCACAUUGACGUCGUAAAAGCUAAAAAAAAAAAAAAAAGAAGAAGAAGAAGAAAAGUCUCUGACCCGAUAUGAGAAUUCAGUGGGGUCAUGUCCCGUAAAAUCUAAAAGUAUGUUCAUUCAUUGUUUACAGUACCAUGCUGUUUGUGUUACUAUCCACCUGGACGAAAAUGCAAAUAAAUUGUGAAACAAUGUGAAAAUAAAA